AUGAUUCGAAGACCCUUAACAGAAAUAACUUUAAAACUGGAUGAUUUGCAAGAAUACGAAUCCUUUCGACGAGAUCAAGCAAAUAACUCUUCAAUCGCCAGUGAAAUGCAAGAAGAUACACCUAAGCCUCUUGGAGGAUGCACAAAAACAACCGAAGAGAUUCACAACAGAAUUGGCUACGCUCCUAAAAAGAAACCAAGUGGUCCAAUCACAAUUUAA